CGCAGGAUGUGUGACAGGAACGGCGGGCGGCGGCUGCGGCAGUGGCUGAUCGAGCAGAUCGACAGCGAGCUCUACGCCGGCCUCAUCUGGGAGAACGAGGAGAAAUCCAUGUUCCGCAUCCCCUGGAAGCACGCCGGCAAGCAGGACUACAACCAGGAGGUGGACGCUUCUAUUUUCAAGGCCUGGGCUGUUUUCAAAGGCAAGUUCAAGGAGGGCGACAAAGCCGAGCCGGCCACGUGGAAGACGCGGCUCCGCUGUGCCCUGAACAAGAGCCCUGACUUUGAGGAGGUGACAGACAGGUCCCAGCUGGACAUCUCCGAGCCCUACAAGGUCUACAGGAUCGUGCCAGAGGAGGAGCAGAAGUGCAAAGCAGGGGUGGCCAGCGGGAGCAGCCUGAAUGAUGUCACCGAGAUGGACUGCAGCUCCUCUGCCAUCGACGAGCUCAUCAAGGAGCCCUCCUGUGUGGAUGAGUACCUGGGCAUCAUCAAGAGGAGCCCCUCACCCCCCCAGGAGACCUGCAGGAACCCCCCAAUACCCGACUGGUGGGUGCAGCAGCCCAGCCCUGCGUUGCCCCUGAUGAAUGGAUACUCCAGCUAUGAGCAGUAUCACUCAGGUUAUUCCCAGAUGGUGAUCAGCUUCUACUACAGCGGGAGGCUGGUGGGCCACGUCAGCACCUCGUGCUCUGAGGGCUGCAGGAUCUCCCUGGGGCAGCCCUCGGGCCACGGGGAGAAGCUCUACGCCCCCGAUGCCCUGGAGCACGUCCGGUUCCCCUCGGCCGACGCCAUCCAGAACGACCGCCAGAAGCAGAUCACCAGGAAGCUCUUUGGGCACCUGGAGAGGGGUGUCCUCCUGCACAGCAACAAGCAGGGCAUCUUCAUCAAGAGGCUGUGCCAGGGCAGGGUCUUCUGGAGUGGCAACACCAUGGCCUACAAGGACAGGCCCAACAAACUGGACCGGGAGGACGUGGUGAAGAUCUUUGACACCAACUUGUUCUUCCGAGAGCUGCAGCAGUACUACAACAACCAGGGCCGCUUCCCAGACAGCAGGGUCAUGCUGUGCUUCGGGGAGGAGUUCCCAGAUGCCGUGCCCCUGAGGUGUAAACUCAUCCUUGUCCAGGUGGAGCAGCUGUACCUGAGGCAGGUGGUGGACGAGGCUGGGAAGAGCUGCAGCUCCAGCCCCAUGCUGCCCAUGGCAGAGGAGCCCCAGCACGACCAGGGCUACCGGAUCUUCCAGGACAUCUGCACCACGCGGCCGCUCUUCCGAGAGAACCAGCAGAUUGCAGUCUGAGCCUGCUGGGCUGGCCUCAUCCACAGCCACGUCAGUCCCACCUAAGUGCCUAAGUGUACUAAA